AUGCCCAUGUUAAUGGUCAUGGCGGAGGCGCGGUGCUCGCAGUUCCCGGUCUCGACGACGGGUGCGACAACGGAUUCGAACCUGCAGGCGUUUGGGCCCAAGGUGGCGUACAACCCGGACAAGUCGGAGGCACUCAUUGUGUGGUUUGCGGAUAAGAUUGACACGGCGUUUGAGGUGUACGGGCAGAUUGUGUCUACCAAGACAGGCAAGUCGCUGUACGGCAACGACUUCCAGAUUUCCAAGAUGGGCACAGUGGAGACGGACACGCGGUACGAUGCAAUGACGCCGUCAGUGGCGUACUCGACGAAGGAGCGCGAGUACCUUGUUGUCUUUCAGGGUGACCAGGAGGGCCAGGACAACGCGUUUGAGAUUUACGGCCAACGGGUGUCGGAGACCGGCGAACUCCUCGGCACGCGCUCGUUCCAGAUCUCCCAGACCGGCGCAGACCCGACGGAUAGCAAGUAUCUUGCGGCUAACCCGCAUGUGGUGUACAACUCGCGCGACAACGUGUAUUAUGUGGUGUGGGAGGCCGACGCCGAGGGCAACUCGCACGCCGUGGAGAUCUGGGGCGCGGUGGUGAGCGUUGUUGGCGAUGUUUCGCCCAUCCAGCGCCUCUCGUUUAUGGGCAUUGUGGAUACUGACACGGCGUUCAAUGGCUUCUACCCCGACGUGGCGUACAACUCGGUCGACAACGAGUAUUUGGUGGUGUGGCAGGGUGAGAACGCAACGCACCAUGCGUUUGAGGCGUAUGGACAGAUUGUCGAGGGCGCGACAGGCCUCCGCAUCGGCAAGAACUUCCAGAUCUCGGACAUGGGCAUCGACCCGACGUCGACCUCGUUCCGCGCUUUCCGGCCCAAGAUCGAGUACAACCCGACCGGCAACAACUAUCUUGUGGUGUGGUACGGCGACACCGACCGUGUCGGCGCCAACGGCGUGCUCAACAUCUACGGGCAGAUCGUGACCGCCGGCGGCGGCCUCCAGGUUCCGCCGUCGUUCCCCAUCUCGCAGAUGGGCGAGUCGGCGUUCGACCCGACCUACGACGGCGUCCACCCGGACCUGACGUACAACGCCAACCAGGAUGAGUACUUUGUGGUGUGGGAGGGUGACGAGCCGGGCCAGGACGAUGCGAAUGAGGUGUACGCCCAGCGGCUGACCGGUGCUCAGGGCGCCAAGGCCGGCUCGCGCAGCCGACUCUCGGUCACUGGCGCCAACGACGCCGACUCGUCGUAUGUUGUGCAGAAGGCGACCGUGACGUACGCGUCGGGUGAGCGCAAGUUUGUCGCCGCGUGGGGCGCCGACUCGCAGGGCGCCAAGGAGGCGUACGAGAUCAAUGUCGCGCUCGUCGGUGAGGACGGCGUCGGCAUCGUCGGCGACUUUUGCUCCGACGCCGCGCCGGCGUCUACCUCGCGCAACACAACUGCAGCCGCCAUCCUCGUCGUCGUCGCCUUGCUUGUUAUCUUUGGCAUCGGUUUUGUGGUCUACAAGAUCCGCGCCAACCGCCAGAAGGCCGAGGCGGAGCGCGCGGCAGCCGCCGCGGCCGCCGCCCGCGAGGCUAACCGCGGCGGAGCUGCCGCCGCCAAGAGCGCGCACAAGGGUCCCGGCACCCACAAGUCGCGCAAGGUUAAGGUCUCGCGCAAGAAGAAGUCGCGCAAGCCGCCGACAGCCUCUAGAGUUACAAAGGGUCUCAACGCUGAGCCGUCGUACUCGUACGUCUCGUACGAGACGUACACGUACGAGUUUGACGACGAGAUCUCGUCUGACUCGCGCGGCGGAAGCAAGCUCGCCCGUGUCGACGGCGCCGUCGACUCCGGCUCUGGCUUUUACUCGGACGAGGCGCGCGUGUGA